AUAGAGUUUUUAGGGUUCUAUGGCGUCCAGGAGACGGGCAGCGCCAUCGCAGAGCUCCGCUCCACCUCCAAAGCGCCAGGGGAGCUCUCAGGCACCGGCGGCGACGCGAAUGCCAGAGCCGCCGCCUCCUCCUCCUGUCGACGAGGAGGACUUCGAUGAAGAUGUGUUCUUGGAGGAGACGCUUCUCAGGGACGUGGAGCUCCAGGCCACUGGCAUAACAGCGAGCUUGGCCAAAUGGAAGCGCAACCACGUCGAGGCGUUUGAUCCAAAAGAGCAUCCCGUUGUGUUUCAGCAACUCGAGAUUGACUAUGUGAUCGGCGAAAGCGAUAGAGAGUGGAUGCCAGGAAGAACUGGCCCUGCUGCAAUUUUGAGGAUGUUUGGUGUCACGCAGCAAGGAAACAGUGUUUGCUGUCAUAUACACGGGUUUGAGCCUUACUUUUAUAUCAGCUGUCCUGACGGAUGGAAUCCUGAUGACACGUCUAAGUUCCGCCAUACUCUCGAGACAAGAAUGCGCGAAGCAAACAGGAAUAGCAAGACUCCCACUUUUGUUCCAAGAGUAGAGAUGGUCCAGAAGCGAAGCUUGAUGUACUUCCAAACACAGAAAGCAAGGGCGUUCCUCAAGAUUGUUGUUGCACUUCCAACAAUGGUUGCUUCCUGUAGAGGAAUUCUUGAAAAAGGCAUCACUUUGGAAGGCUUUGGUCAUAAAUGCUUCAUCACAUACGAGAGCAAUAUUCUCUUUGCUCUUCGAUUCAUGAUUGAUUGCAACGUAGGUGGUGGAAACUGGAUUGAGCUUCCUGGUGGAUCUUAUCGUUUGACUCCACGCCGACUUUCAACCUGCCAAAUUGAGAUCGAUAUACUAUACAACAAGAUUGUCAGUCAUAGUGCUACUGGCCAGUACUCCAAGCUUGCACCUUUUCGUAUAUUGAGCUUUGACAUCGAAUGUGCUGGGCGGAAAGGACAUUUUCCAGAGCCCGAACAUGAUCCCGUUAUUCAGAUUGCGAAUCUUGUGACAGUUCAAGGGGAAAGUCGUCCUAUGGUUCGAAAUGUGAUGACGCUCAAAUCUUGUUCUGCGAUAGUUGGAGUGGACGUUAUGUCCUUCGAUACUGAGAAAGAGGUCCUCUUGGCAUGGCGGGACCUUAUCCGAGAAGUUGACCCUGACAUUAUUAUCGGCUAUAACAUUUGCAAGUUCGAUAUGCCUUACCUGAUCGAGAGGGCACAAAAGCUUGGAAUUGUGGAGUUUCCUGUUCUUGGACGUAUUCGCAACAGCCGAGUCCGUGUUAGAGAUGCGACAUUUUCUUCAAGGCAAUAUGGUAUAAGGGAAAGCAAGGAAGUUUUGAUAGAAGGACGCGUACAAUUCGAUUUGCUACAGGCAAUGCAAAGAGAUUAUAAGCUCAGCUCAUACUCCUUAAACUCGGUGUCUGCUCAUUUCCUUGGAGAGCAGAAAGAGGACGUCCACCAUUCCAUCAUUGCUGAUUUGCAAAAUGGUAACUCGGAAACUCGGAGGCGUUUGGCUGUUUACUGCUUAAAAGUGAGCCGCACUUUGGUUCUAUGUUUAUAUUUUCCAUGUUUUCUCUGUCAGGAUGCGUAUCUGCCUCAGAGAUUACUCGAAAAGCUGAUGUUUAUAUAUAACUAUAUCGAAAUGGCAAGAGUAACAGGAGUUCCCAUUUCGUUUCUUCUUUCGAGGGGACAAAGUAUCAAGGUGCUUUCACAAAUUCUAAGAAAAUGCAGACAACGAAACUUUGUCGUGCCAAACAUUAAGGGACAAGGGGCUGGGCAGGAAACCUUUGAAGGUGCAACCGUUCUAGAAGCAAGGGCUGGAUUUUACGAAAAGCCAAUUGCCACGCUUGAUUUUGCAUCACUGUACCCAUCAAUUAUGAUGGCUUACAAUCUUUGCUAUUGCACCUUGGUUAGAACGGAGGAUCAAGCCAGAUUGAACAUAGCACCAGAAAAUGUUAACAAAACGCCGUCUGGUGAAAUGUUUGUCAAAACAAAUAUGGAGAAAGGGAUCCUUCCUGAAAUCUUAGAGGAACUGCUUGCUGCCAGAAAGCGAGCCAGAGCCGACCUGAAGGAAGCUACCGAUUCACUUGAAAAAGCCGUGUUGGACGGUCGGCAGCUAGCUCUCAAGGUUAGUGCGAACUCAGUCUAUGGAUUCACAGGCGCAACAGUUGGCCAGCUUCCUUGCCUUGAAAUUUCAUCCAGCGUAACUAGCUAUGGAAGGCAGAUGAUUGAACACACCAAAACCCUCGUGGAAGGACGUUUCAACACAAGCAACAAAUAUGACAACAAUGCAGAAGUGAUCUACGGGGAUACGGAUUCAGUAAUGGUUCAAUUUGGUGUCUCUACCGUUGAGGACGCCAUGAAUCUUGGAAGGGAGGCGGCUGAUUAUAUCAGCGAGACAUUUACCAAGCCUAUCAAGUUGGAAUUUGAGAAAGUGUACUUCCCCUAUUUGCUGAUUAGCAAAAAGAGGUAUGCAGGCCUACUUUGGACGAAGCCCGCAAAAUACGACAAAAUGGACACGAAAGGAAUUGAAACGGUUCGGCGAGAUAAUUGUUUACUAGUAAAAAAUGUGGUGACUCAAAGCCUCCACAAGAUUCUUGUUGAUCGAGAUGUGCCUGGAGCUGUGGACUUUGUUAAGGGCAUGAUUUCGGACUUGCUGAUGAAUCGUAUGGAUCUAUCACUUCUUGUUAUCACAAAGGGCCUCACAAAAACUGGCGAUGAUUAUGCCGUCAAGGCUGCUCAUGUUGAGCUUGCUGAGCGUAUGCGUAAGCGUGAUGCAGCCACUGCUCCAAAUGUAGGCGAUCGUGUUCCUUACGUCAUAAUUAAAGCCGCAAAGGGAGCUAAGGCAUAUGAGCGGUCUGAGGAUCCAAUCUAUGUCUUGGAAAAUAACAUUCCCAUCGAUCCUCAGUACUAUCUGGAAAAUCAGCUGAGUAAGCCACUGCUCCGGAUAUUCGAACCAAUUCUCAAGAAUGCGAGCAAGGAGCUUCUCCACGGGAGCCACACUCGCUCCGUGUAUAUCACAACGCCCUCCAACAGUGGCAUUAUGAAGUUCGCGAAAAAGCAACUAACCUGUCUGGGCUGCAAAGCUAUAAUCAGUGGCGGCGACACACCAUUGUGUAAACACUGCAGCGGCCGUGAAGCGGAGCUAUACCAGAGAACUGUUGCAAAUGUGAGGGAUUUGGAGCAGCUAUUUGGAAGGCUGUGGACUCAAUGCCAGCGGUGCCAAGGAUCUUUACAUCAAGACGUUUUGUGCACAAGUCGCGACUGCCCAAUCUUCUAUCGACGGAAAAAAGCACAGAAGGAUCUGUCGGAAGCCGAACUGCAAGAGCAGCGCUGGGACUUUUAGAACAUAGAGGCUUUUCAUCUUGGACAUCUCUAUCAUAUAUAAGGUUUCCAAGUAGAGGGGAUUCAUGCCUCUGAAGA